AUGACGAAUGCCUUACCACAAGUGAACCACAAAUGCCGUACCACAAAUGGUAAUUCUCAUCCCUUAGAUCUGUUUCCCAGCGGAGAAAGGCUGAAGGAAUUGGACAUGGCAUACGAGGGAGCAAUGGAUCUUUUAAGGAUCCUUGAUGAAGACGGUAUCAACAGAAGUAAAGGUCGAUCCAAACACAAGUCAAACGCUAAAAGAGACAUGGAAAAUGAAGUUGACAUGGCGUAUGAAGGGGCCAUGCAACUAAUUGCAAAUGGAAGUUAUAGCCAUAUUGCGUCCCGUGAUGGAAAUCAUGGCCCUAGCAACGGAGGAGCUGAUGUAGGAGGUGGAACACGGCAUACCUCUGCCAUACCUACUAAAUCAACACACCAGUCAAAGAAGAAUUUAGUAGCGCCCAAUGCUGCAAAUGCCUUGCCUAUAAUACCCCACCCACGGCGAGGGGCAUAA